UUACUGUAGUUCGAUGCAAAUGGUACACGUGAAUGAGAAAAAUAGUAAGUAAUGUAAUUCAUGUAAUAAAAAAUUGUUAUUGAUAUUAUUAUUUAAAAAUAUAUGGAGAAAAUAUUUUCAAUUGCCAUAAAUGGCACUAUAUAAUUGAAGAUUUAAAAAAAGAGAAAGGACAUUAUGUUUUCAUUGCGGCAAAUAGUUCGAUACGGGAUACAACUGACACUUACCAGAGAAUUUACAAAUUUACAUCAGAUCUCAUUGAUUCGAAAAAGAAAAUUUAAUGUUGAUCUACGUGAUUCAAUUUUUAUUCGAACGAAAACCAAUCUUUCUGAAUCACUAGAGAAAGAAGAAAUUAACAAGGAUGCUAACAAAAAAGUGCUUGGCAAAAUUGAAGCUAAAAUCAAAGUGAUGUUUACAUGUAAAAAGUGUAAUUUCCGAAAUGGAAAAAUUAUAUCAAAAUUAGCUUAUGAAAAAGGAUUAGUUAUAAUUCGUUGUGAUGGUUGUAAAAAUAACCAUUUAAUUGCUGACAAUCUCGGAUGGUUUGAGGAAUUAAAAAAUAAGCGAAAUAUUGAAAGGUUAUUGGCGGCAAAAGGAGAAACAGUUCGAAAAGUGCUAAAUGAUGUUGAUGGAUACGUCGAAGUAGUUGCUAAAGCAGAAUUUGAUUUAAUACAACAUAAUAAAGAAAGAGAACAACGUUUAAUUGAAGAACAAAAAGACAUACAUAAUAAAAAUAAAAAGGUUACAUCUUUAGAGGAAUUAGAAUAAAGGAAUUAGAAUAUUUUCUUUAAGAAAAGAAAUUUUUAUUUUGAUAAGAUAGAGAUCUUAUAUAAAUCCCAUAAGACUUGCCUUUUUAUUCAAUAUAUAAAAUGUAAAUAUAAUUUUAUUAUGAAAACAAGUUAAAUAUUGUUAUUUUAUUAUCAAUAAAAAUUUAAUUCAUAAAAAUGACAGAUCUUGGCACAUGUAGAAAUUAUAUGGCAAGUUUUGGAAUUACAAUAUAUUGAUAUUUGUAUUAAUUAAUAUGUACAUGUACAUAAUGUAUCUUUUAUAAAAAACGUUUUUUUUAACAGUGAAAUAUACGUAAUAUAAUUAAAUCUUUUAUAAAUGUGUAUAUGUAUAGUACAUAUAUAUAUAUAUAUAUAUAUAUAAAUAUAAAAUAUAUAAUAUUGAAAACAAAAGGAAUGACUUAAUAUUUUUUUCUUAUCAUGCAUAUCUAAAUUCUACAUUUAAAAACUAUGUUUAUUUUAAAUAUUUCUAAAGGCACAACUUCUGUUGAGCUUGCAACAGUAUU